GAUAGCUGCACGAGGAUGGGAACUGGGGAUUAUGUGUGCGUAAUUCUGCGCGGUGGCGCGCCAUGGGGAUUCAGACUGCGCCAGAGCACGCAAGAACCGCAACAUCCUCUUCAGGUGUUUGAGGUAGAGGAUGACAGCUGUGCUGCCGAGGCUGGAUUGUGUGAAAAUGAUGAGCUAUUGUCAGUGAAUGGGAAACCUUGCUCUAACCUCAGUCUCUCGGAGGCUAUUGAUCUCAUUGAGGCGUCAGCUGACUGUCUACAGCUGCUUGUCAAAAGGUGUUGUAGCCAACCUCCAAAGUCUCUUAAAUCACAUAGCACCACUUUAAGGAUCCCAUCUCAAUCCAGACCUUGUGUCCCACACGAUGAUCUCUACAUCUCUGAAUCCCAGGAUGAGGCAUAUUAUGGGGAAACAGACAGUGAUGCAGAGUGUCCCGGAGGGAUUGGAUUGGUCCGGACCCAAGUUCAACUCCCCCCUUCUAGGAGUAAAGCUAGAAACAGUUAUGCCCAGCGCGGUGAAGACACCCGGAUAGAGGUAACCCCAGGAUCUGUGGUCGAAUUGCAACUCACCCUCUCCCAGACCACCCUAGAAGAGCCACAAUAUACUUCACUGGGCAGUGCUUGUGGAGUUGUGGGAGACAAACAUCCUAUAAAGACUAGCGAGACCACCACUACAUUUACUACAGGUUGCCCCCUCUACGUACGCAGACAAGACCGGCAACCUCUUGGUCAGCGGGGUGUGUUGGUUAAUAAACCCACUGCUUUGCAGAGACAGGUUGAGGUGACUGUACAGCACUUAUGUGACGGCAGAUCAGAAGAGGAGGGGGCAGAAACCAGUGAACUGUUGGAUUCUGCCGGAGAAGGAGGGCACAUUGAAGAAGUUCCCACCUCCUCCUCUGUGUCUUUUGGACUUCCUUCAGAGGAGUGGGACUCUGAAUCGGAGAGGGAGGUCAACCAGCCAAACAAACACAGGGCAAGGCACGCCAGGCUCCGGCGUAGUGAAAGCCUUUCAGAGAAGCAGGUGAAGGAGGCCAAGUCUAAAUGUAAGCGUAUUGCUCUACUACUAACUGCUCCUGCCCCCAACCCCAAUAACAAGGGGGUGUUGAUGUUCAAGAAGCAUAGACAAAGGGCCAAGAAGUAUACACUUGUAAGCUACGGUACUGGUGAGGACGAACCAGAUUACGAGGACGGCAGUGAAGAAGACGAAGAGGCGCACGCUGUUGAGAUCACAGUUCUAGCCACUGGUGAAACAGAAGUUGAUGAGGAUUUUUUCACCAAUGCCUCAGGCCAGAAAAGCAUUGUAACUUUUGACUGGAAGACUGGAUUACUUGAGAUAGAGCGCAAACUUGACAGCAAGCAAAAUAUGGAAGCACUACCUGAGACCAAGGGUAAAGGAGCCCUCAUGUUUGCUCAACGCAAACAACGCAUGGAUGAGAUAGUAGCUGAGCACGAAGAAUUGAGACGUAAGGGGAUCCCUGUUGAAGGGCAGCCGGAGCCUGAGACCCAUCAAACUUACCAACACGUGGAGCAGCACACUUAUAUGCAGCCACAAGAGAACCAAAAUUAUAUGGAUGUGAAUCUUCAGCAUGCUCAAAAGCAGCAGCAGGAGCAAUAUCAUCAAUACCAGGAACAGUAUUAUCAACAGCAGCAGCAGCAGCAGUAUCAAGAGUAUCAGCAGCAGCUACAAUACCAACAACAGUAUCAACAACAACAACAGUAUCAACAAGACUGUCAACAACCAAAGCUGUAUGAACAAUCAUACAAUCAGCAACAACACCUUCAGCAGCAGCAGUAUUCACAUCAUAUGAAUGGCAUGUUUGAGCAGCAAAUGAACGAAAUGCAGGUAUCAGUUACAAACAGGAGUGCCAAGCCAUUUUCAGUUCAAAACAGAGCGGCCGCUCCAUUUUCCCCCUCCACAAGUGCAGAUUAUCAAGAACAGUCUGGGUAUCCACUGGGACAAGGGGAACAGAUUGCAUCCCGUGAUGAGCGUAUAUCUGUGCCUGCGAUCAAGACUGGAAUCUUACAAGAUACAAGGAGGAGGAAUGCCAGUAAGCCUAUGUUCACUUUUAAAGAGUCUCCCAAGGUUUCCCCGAAUCCUGAGCUGUUGAAUCUCCUUAACAAGAGUAACAAAAAGACCGGUUUGGAAACAGAGGAAGAUUAUUUAAGUUUAGGAGCUGAAGCCUGCAACUUCCUGCAGUCUCCUAAGGUAAAACAAAAAACUCCACCACCGGUUGCCCCUAAACCUCACAUAGACCCAGCUUCUCCCCCUUGGUCUGCUCCACCUGAAACUACUGAUCAACCGAUUCCACAGCAAACUGAAAAUGGUGUCUCAGCACCUGCACUAGCUCCAACCAUGGGAGCUCAUGUUACUCCUGUCCCUGCCCCUGAAAUGCAGGCUCCAACAGUGUCUGAGGAAGCAAGGAUAGCUCCUGAGUCCCAGGAUGUUUCACACUGUACAGAACAACUUGCUUCAGGUAAUACAUGGAAACGACCAGAAUCUCCAACAGAACCAACCAAGCAACCAGAGGCUUGGAAUAAGGCACAACUCCAGCAGCAAAAUUAUUCUGCUCAACUUGCCGCACCACCUCCCAUGCAGUCAGAUCCAUCUGUGAAGUCAUGGGAUCCAGCUCUAAUCCAAGGUCAUCAGCAGCCUCCAGUAAGUACCUGGGGUCCAAAUGAGGUCCAGCUGCAACUCCAAUCUCAAAACCAAAAAUCUGAAGAACACUCACAAUGGAUAGCACAGUCUCAAAGUCAAUCAGAUGUUCAACUGCAAGCAACUACUGUAACUCAGUCUCAGCCUUCUUGGGUAACACAGACUCAGACUCCAAUCCAAACCGAACAUCAGCCACCACCUCAAACGCAGCCUCAAAUUAAUUCUUGGGCUUCGGGUCCAAAUCAGUCAACACCCCAACCCACAUGGUCUCAGCAGCAUGCAUCGGCACAACCUUCUCUUAGUGUUUGGCAGCAAAAUCAAGGUCAGGAGCAGCCACAGCAACUUUGGGCCCAACAAAAGCAAUUUCAAGAGUCUCACCAAACUGUAGAAUCUUCUUGGGCAUCACCUCCCCAGCAACAACCUACUUGGACCCAGCCUCAAAUUCAACCUCAGCCCCAACCAUCCUGGGUCUCCCAAGCCAAACCACAAAUGCCAACACAGCCACCUGAAAAUGCAUGGACCCAACCACAAAGUUCUGUUCAAGCACAGCCUACAUGGUCUCAACAGAAUCAACCUCCACCUCAACCCACAGCAUUAAUGCAGCAUCCCACCCAUCCUUGGGAACCAGUGCCAACCCAGUCCCAACCACAGCCACAAUGGGCACAAAAACCUGCUUCUCCACAACAUCCUCAACAAAUAAUUCACUCUUGGACACCUGAGCAGAAUCAAACUCAGGCCCCCUGGGGUCAGCCACAGCCACCAGUUCCACCCCAAGUGCAGGCUCAAUGGCCACAGAAACCUCAACAACAAACAUCACAGCCAUCUGUUACCCAAUGGACCCCACCAUCUCAGUCUCAACCUCCUGUAAAUACUUGGUCAACCCAACAGCAACAACGUUCCAUAAACAUGGCUCAAACUGAAACCCAAAAGUUGCCUUCCCAACCAACCAAGCCAUGGAGUCCACCUCAGAACACCCAGCCCCCACCUCUACGCCGAAUGCACAGUGGGACUCCACCUAGUAGUGCUCUGUCACCCUCUGGUUAUGGUUCGGCGUUCGAGAUGCCAGCCUUGCGAGGCAAAGGAGCUGAACUUUUCGCCAAGCGUCAAUCUAGAAUGGAGAAGUACAUUGUGGAUUCUUCCACAGUUCAGGCAAAUAAGGCAAGACCAUCUUCACCUUCUCCUUCUUUGCCAAGCUCAUGGAAAUAUUCAACUAAUUGCAGGGCCCCCCCUCCUUUGGCAUAUAAUCCAAUUCAUUCACCAUCAUAUCCGCCAGGUGCUGUCAAGCCAACUCCUUCCUCCAGCACAAACAAGAACAAAUGCAAACAGGGCCAAAAACCUGCCAAAAAACCACUUCCUGUUCUUGAUGUCAUGAAGCAUCAGCCCUAUCAGUUAAAGUCCUCCCUUUUUAUCUAUGGUCCAGCAGCAGAAAAACUUGUUGCAGUAAAGGAGGCAGCUGAAAAGUUUACUGCUCAAAAAGCAGAUGAAGUCCAUGCUCUGGCCCAAGCAUUAGGUCCUCCAAAUCAGAACCAGCAAAUUGCAUAUAGUCCUCCACCUUAUGGUUUUAUGCCACAACAGGCCCAGCAACCUUAUGGGAUGGCUGGUCAGUCACCCCCUAUGUCCAAUGCACCUUACCACCAAGUGCCUCCUAAUACAUAUCAGCCUGUCCCUAGUAAUUAUCAACAACAACAAGAAUACAACCCCCAACAAGUAUACCAACAACCUUUAAAUCCUUACCAUCAAGCUCAAAGUCCUCCCUACCGACAGCCCUCUCCACCUUCCUAUCAGGCAGGUCCUAAUCCAGCAUAUCAAGCUGGCCCGGCACCAUCGUACCAACCAGCCCCUAGCUCAUAUAUUGCAGCAGCUUUCCCAGUAGCAGCAAGAGCUGACUCUGCCUCAGGAGGCAGUGUUGCUUCUGCUCCAAAGCCCAGAUUUUCAGCUAAAAAGAGUGCUGCCCAAGUGUGGAAGCCAAGCACUGCUGAAAAUGCUGAAAAUUAGUCAUGUUACUUUGAUGCUUGUUAUUCCAGUGUUAUAGUAAAUAACAAGGAUAGGAUAGAAAUACAAUAUGCAACAGAUGCAUAACACUACCAGAACCAGCUGUUUAAAGAUCUAGAUAAGUAAGAAAUUAACAAGGUAGGCAUCAAUAUUUCUGACAUGACAUGGUGUUUAUAGAAGAAUUAUCUGCUAAAUAUUUAUCUUUUUGGGCUACUACAGGUAAGACGCUCUUGUUAUUAUUUAGCUGAAAUUACUAAAGUUGUAUAGUUAUUUGUUUGUUAGACGUGGUCAAAGAGAAUCAGUGUUGAUUGAGUUGAUGAUAGAAGAAAGACAUGGAAGCUUAAACAGGUAAAAAGACAGAGGUAGACCUAAUGGUUAGAUAUUGAGGGCCACUGAGUAAUUGACAUAUUUAUAUGUAUACAUUCAUUGUUAAAAUGUGACAAUGCUUAACAUGCUCAUAAAUUAUUGGGUUCUUUAAUAUCAUUUUUACCAGAUUAUAUAAUAUAAUACCUCAGUGGACAGACAGAAAUGAAUAUAUGAACAGCCGAAUAACGGGAUAGUUCACCCAAAAUUGGAAAUUCUGUCAUCAUUUACUAACCCGCAAGUUGUUUCAAACCUGUGUACAUUUCUUUGUUCUGUUCAUCAACACUGUAAAAAGUAAUACAUAAAUCUAACUUAUAAAAAUUGAGGCAAGUGAUUGCAUUUGAUGUUUUAAGUUGAGUCAACUUGUAGCCUUUUUAAAGUAUAAUAAACACUGUAAUAUUACAUAAUACAAAUGUGACAAAAUUAAGUUGAGUUAACUAAUAGUUCUAGUAUUACUCAGUUUAAUUUACUUUUCUUGGUAAAGGUAACUUUUUAUGGUUUGUUGUUGUUUCCAUAAACAUGGAUUUAGACUUUUGAGAUGAGGGCAUGAAUUGUUUAUUCAAUCAACGCGCCCACCCAGUUUAGUUUUGGGCAGCUGUAAAGUGCGAAAUACUUCAGUAUGCAGUCUAUGCACAAGCACCAGUCUUCUGAACAAUGGUAACUACAAAACGAAAACGAUGAAACAAAAACUCUUCUAAAUCUCGAAGAUAAAUGAACAUUAAACACUAAAAAGUCUUUAUUUUUAGUUAAAAACACAUAAAAUAGCGUUUAAAUUUGAAUUUCACUGUCCAAAUGCAGUCCCAUGCAAAACAUGCUGGGAUAUACGAGUCUACUGCCUAGUUAGCUAUGUUUACUAAAUUCAUUCAUGUAGUUUCAACACAAAAUUAUUAAGUUAAUUUCCUUCUUACAAAUUUAAAUGGAUUUUACAUGAUAAAAUAAAGCUGAAUUUACUCAUUAAAGUGUUAAUUUAGAUUUACUCAAAUUAUUCAUCUUUUUAUGUUAUUUUAACUCAAAUUUUGAUUAAAAAAAACAAGAAUGAAUUUUUUUUUAAUACAGUUUACUCGUUUUAUUUUUGUUAAAUCUACUUAGGCACAGAAACACUUUUUACAGUGAAUACAAACAUAUUUUAAAGAAUGUUUGUGACCAAGCAGACCUAGGGCACCAUUAACUUCCAUAGUAGGAAAAAUAAUACUGUGGAAGAGAUUGGUGCCCCAGAUCAGUUUUUUAUUAACAUUUCUUAAAAUAUCUUCAUUUGUGUUCAGCAAGAAACGUGUAUAGGUUUGAAACGACUUGAGGGUGUGUAAAUGAUGACAAAAUUUUGAACUAUCCCUUGAACUAAUGUAUAACAGCUUCUGGCUGUGCCAAGUAUUGCAGGUGGAUAUAAAACAGAUUAAGUGUUAGUGAUUUCUGAAGUAAAGUUUAAAUUAAUAUUAGUAAUUAUUCAGACUUUCCGAAAAAGCAAAAAUGAAUGUAAUCGAUAUGUGAGUUUUUCGAAAACUGUGUCAAAUAGAUUUAAAUGUACUUUCAGUGUACAACAGCUGGGACAGAGCUCUUAAUUUGUAUUUUUAUGAUGGUAAAUAGAUGUAGAUUCCUUUCUUGUUUAUUUUUUGAGGGAAGUUACCUUUAGCUAUUAUUCUGUUUGUUUUACAGUUCUUUUUUUCAGUAGUUUUUACAGAAUAAGAACAAUGAAAACAGGUCUACGAAACAGAAAACAUUUGAAAAAGAGUCAACUUUUAAUUACAAACACAAUUUUUAACAAAAUAUUAAUUUUGAUUUUGACUGUUGUCACCUGUUUUUUAUUUAUGUUUAUUUUUUGUGUGACAUUUUCUUCCUUGUGCACUAUUUGUAAGAUGAACCACAGUGCCAUUAAAAUGAUUGUCCUUUGA